AUGCGUUGGACGUUGCUACUGCUGCUGCAGCUACUGCUGAUGGUUCGGAGCCAGAGUCUGGUGGGACUUUCCCAGGCGUCGAUCCCCCUCUUCCGACUCACUCAUCAGGGACCCUGGGACACGCACGACAGCCAAGCCACCGACUCGCCCUGCCAAGGGCUCCCCGCUGCAGGAGCCACGACCCUGAACCUGGCAAACCGCAGCCUGGAGCGCUUGCCCAGCUGCCUGCCGCACACGCUGCGCAGCCUCGACGGCAGCCACAACCUGCUGCGCGCCUUCGGGGGGCCUGAGUUCGGUCGCCUGGCCGAGCUCCGCGUGCUCACUCUGAACCAUAACCGCAUCUCCACGCUACACUGGGGCCGCGGCACGCCGGCCAGGCUGCGCGAGCUCGACCUCAGCCACAACCUGCUGACCGCUCUGCCCGCCUACGCCGGGCCCCCGGAGCGCAACCUGCGCUCGCUGAUGCUGGCCGGGAACCCACUGCAGGCGCUGCAGCCACAGACCUUUGCACGCUUCCCGGCGCUGCAGCUUCUCAACCUCUCCUGCAGCGAGCUGGACCACAUCGCCCAGGAGGCGUUCGCCGGGGCGGAUGGCGGGCCCCUGGCGGCGCUGGAGGUCUUGGACCUGAGCCGCACGCGCCUGGAGCGAGUUGAGUCUGGGUGGAUCAGAAACCUGCCACAGCUUAAGUCCCUCUACCUGAGAAAGAUGCCCAGGCUGAAGACCCUGGAGGGAGACAUUUUCAAGAUGACCCCCCACCUGCAGCAGCUGGAUUGUCAAGAAUCCCCAGCACUCAGUUCUGUCCACACAGAGAUCUUUCAAGACACACCUUGUCUACAAGUCCUUCUGUUCCAGAACUGCAACUUGAGUUCCUUUGGACCUUGGAUUGUGAAUUCCUCCCAGGUCUUGUCUGUCAACCUCUUUGGCAACCCUCUCAUUUGCAACUGUGAGCUGGCUUGGCUUCUCGUGGAUGCAAACAAAACUAUCGUACACAGGGCAGCAGAUACCAUGUGUGUGCCCACUUUAGGAUCCAAGGACCCCUUCUCCGGCCCUCUCUCCCUCUUCCAGCUGUUUGAUGUGUGCAGGCCAGACCAAAGCACCACCCUGCUGGCUUCGAAUCCGCCUCAUUUUGAUCAUCCAGUUUCUGCACCAUGGACACAGGGGCCUUCCAUUGGACAGAACACAGUCCUGUCUACUCAGCCGGGAGGAGGCCAACACAGUGUCACCAAGGUCCCCUCCCAUACUGUGGCUUCUCUUACACAAGGGUCACAGAUGCACGAUGAUACUUCAGAGGAAACUGCCCAGGCCACUACUGACUCUCUGACAGUUUAUAGUCCCUCCAGGGCUCUGCCUGGUGCAGCCGGCACAGAGGCAGAGCAGAUUGCCACACAUACCCUUGAGCCCAGUAUCUCACUGGCCUCCGGCACACUGCUCAGCAAAUACCUUGGGCCCUUGUCCAAUUCGCCAAACCCCAGGAGCAUAUCUCAGACUAACCAGAGGACGCCAGUCACCACCAAGGCUCCCCCCACACAUCCUCCACAGGAUGAGAUUCCAGUCUUGCUGUUAGAUGAUGACAGCGAGGAGGUUGGGACUCAGAAUCAGGGGGCAACACCUCGGGAGGAUGUCUCUUGUGAUUACCAGCCCUGCAGGCAUCUGCAGACCCCAUGUGCAGAGCUGCAGAGGCGCUUCAGAUGCCGCUGCCCUGGUCUUAGUGGCGAAGAUACCAUCCCAGACCCUCCCAAGCUGCAGGGGGUUUCAGAGAUAACUGACACGUCAAUGCUCAUCCACUGGUGUGCCCCCAACUCAGUGGUGCUCUGGUACCAGAUCAACUACUUGGCAGAAGGAGGAUCUAGGAACCAGUCCAUAGUGGACAUCUAUGCUACAGCCCGACAGCACCCCCUGUACAAGCUGUCUCCAAGCACUACCUACCAUGUGUGUGUGCUAGCAGCCAACAGGGCUGGCCUGAGCCAGCAGCAGACCUCAGCCUGGAAGAGGUCAUGUACCACCUUCACAACCAAGCCCAGCUCUGUAGCCAUCUUCUGGGGACUGUGUAUCUCCAGCGCCCUGUUACUGGUUAGCACCCUGGUGCUGUCUGUGCGUCUCUGGAGGCAGCGCUGGAAGUCCCAUAGGCAGUUCUAUGACACAAACCUGGUGGCCUUCAAAAACCCAGCCAGGGCUGAGGAAGUAACUCAGUGGUAGUGACUUCCCCAUGCGCAAGGCCUUGGGUUUAUUCCCCACUAUCAAAAUCAGAUACAUUUGAGGCCUUGGAUUGAUCUCUAGCAACCAAUUAAACAACAGACCAGCCUUUGACCACCUGCUGAGGCUCCAGACCUUUAAUUAUCCCAGCUUCUUUCCUCCAAUCAAACCACAUCUGCAUACAGAAAUUAUCAUCUAGUGUCUAUAAACCAUCUCAAGUUCCACAUUCCCCAAAGCCAGCGUGCCUCGGGCACCCACAGCAAUCUCUGCCGCAUCCUUCUCUGCUCCUUCUAUACCUGUUCUCAGUAACCUGGUGGUCACACCAGAUAGUCCUACUGGCACCUGUCAUUCUGUGUUGUCCCCUUGGGGUUUUCAGCAGUCAGUGUCUCCCUCAGUAUCCACUGGGGUACUGCAUGGGAGGAGAUAAGAGAAAAGAAAGCAAUUGUAACAAGAAACACAACUUUUGGAAUACCAUCCUUAAGUGUCUUGUGUGGAAGUAGCCUUGUGACCCCUGAUUUUCGAGUGAAUUCUGUUAGCUAAGAGUGGUUGGCCAAGGAAGAGUUACGGGUGGUUCCUAAGGCCUUCUGAAUUGAUUAGUUGCAUUACAGGAUGUGUCAAAACAUGUAUUUCCAGCUUUACAGCUAAAACUGGCCUUCUGGUAACAUCUGUGAAACAUAGGAAAAGACUAUUUGCUUCCGGGCUUCCUACUUUUCACUCAAGAUCCAACAGACAAAGGUAAUAUGUACUUUGUUGCUUAGACAAGGUCUUACUGUGCAGCACUUAAGAGACCUCAAACUUGGGACCCUUCUACCUCUCUCUCCAAAUGUUGGGAUUACAAGAGUUUGGAGAGGAGGUAACAUUGAACCCACAAACAGCACUUAUUUCUAUUGUAAGAAAAAAAUUGUUUGAAUACAUCUCUCAUCUCCAGAACAGGCUGUAGCACAAAUGCCACACUGCAGAAAGAAGGAGUAUACUAGGUGGGUCCCAACAUGAGUUAUACUAUACACUUCCGAGUGGCUAAGUAUUCAAGCAUGUUUUCAACAUCCUAAAAUAUAUCCCUAGUUGCAUCAUAUAUAUGUCCAAGAGAAUUGGCGUAAGCAUUUGAAAGACCUCCCCUAGAUCCUAAAAAGUUACAAAAGCCAAAAUGUGGAUUAGUGUUGUCCUAAGACAAGUAGUUAAAUGGCCCCAGUGUUUUUAGCCUACUCUCAAGAAUGAGUCAAUUUGCCACUCUGUAUACACAAAUGCAUACUCUAAUAUUCUCAUGCAAAUACAAUUUCAGCAUAUUGAUAGAAAUAUUAAGGCAACUCCACAUAGUUAAAAGGGAGGUUUAU